AUGACGAAACUUCUCUACAGAGCAGAAGUCUGUCACCCUCGUUGCACGCAGCAACUCUCGGUCCCCUCGCGGAGCGGCGAAGCACGUCGGGGUUGCAACCGUGCUAUGAGAUCCUCUCCGCUCGGAUGCUUGCGUUCGGUGUCGAAGCACGUUGGCAGGCAUGAAAACCCACGUGGGAGGGGAGCGGGCUGUGACACGCGUGUCCUGCAGAUCCUGCAGACGGUGCUGUUUGGGCUGUGCACGCUCAUCGAUGCAGUGCACAUGUUCCUGCCGACCCGGCAGAGGAGCAUCUCCCGGCUACUGCCCCUGAAGGACUUCAUCUUCUCCGUGCUGGUCUUUCCCGUUGGCCUGUUUGUAGCCAUAACAUUUUGGACCCUCUAUGCAUAUGACAGAGAACUUGUAUACCCAAAAGAGUUGGAUGAGGUUAAUCCAUCUUGGCUUAAUCAUACUAUGCAUACCACUAUAUUGCCACUACUACUUAUAGAACUGGUUAGCUGUCCACAUAAGUAUCCACAUAAAUUGAAGGGAAUAAUAGGACUCAGCAUCUUUGGUUCUUCAUACCUCACUUGGAUAAUAUGGGUAAAUCACGCCUCUGGGAUUUGGGUAUACCCAAUUUUAGAAGUGCUAGGCAGAGCUGGAAAGGCACUGCUUUUUUUCACUUGCUACUUAGAAAUGGUAGGCUUCUACUUCCUUGGGGACAAGCUAACAAAGUUGUUAUGGGGUGAGACCCACAAACAUAAGAAGUAAGCAUAGAGAGAUGCUGGAAAACAGAAGGUCGUACAGUGCAAA